GACAAUAAUAAAAACAAGCGGGACAAACCAAUAAAUAUGAGGUUUCUACAAAGAAAUGGAAAGCGCAAUACCCGAAACAUAGAACGGAUACCCCUCUGCCGGAAGUCUCUCACUCUCUCUCGCCUCUCGCCGCAAAACCCAUAUCACUGCAAGUCCCGCCCUCUCUCUCCUAAAUAACGAUCAUUUGGAGCAUCCCGUACCAGGCGUUCCUGGAACGCCUGGAAACGAGGUUAGUCUUCAAACUACUGAUUCAUCGCCGGUACAACGUUACCUCAACUGGAAAUUACGAUUUAGCUUCAACCGGCUUCCCGUCUUGCGUCUACAGUGCUGCUGACGCGCACGACGCAGGUGUGCGGCGCGUCGCUCGGCUGCAUCUACGGGAACAAGUUGAGCAGAACAACCCGAGCCGAGGAGACUACACAUCAUCUGCACCAUGCACGGGUUGUCGGGACGGCGAUGGACUGACCCCGCCCUGACCCCAGCGGGUGGGGGCGUUACUGCUGCUGCUACAUCGUGAGCGCGGACACGACGCUAGCAUCAUGGAGGCGGCGGCCAGCGCGUUGGAGAGGGAACACGUCCACCGCGUUUACGACAAAAUCGCGCCCUACUUCAACGACAGCCGCUACAAGGCCUGGCCCAAGGUGCGACAGUUCCUGCUGGACCAGCAGCCCGGCAGCUUGGUCGCGGAUGUCGGCUGUGGAAAUGGAAAGUACCUUGGCAUCAACAAGAAGGUGGUGAUCCUGGGCUGUGACGUCUGUUGCCCCCUGGUGGCCUACGCCAGUAGUCAGGGGCACGAGGUCCAGGUGUGUGAUGGUCUGCAUCUCCCCUACCGCGACGGGGUCUUCGACGCAGUCCUCUCUAUCGCAGUCAUCCACCACCUGUCCACCAUGGAGCGUCGUGUGCGGGCCAUCAGGGAGAUGGCCCGCUGCCUCCGGGACGGCGGUCGCAUCAUGAUCUACGUCUGGGCGCUGGAGCAGAAGUACCGCAAGUUUGAGAAGCAGGACAUCUUCGUCCCCUGGAACCCAGACCCUCCCCUCGCCCAGCGGCCAAUGAGGGAUGGCGCUCAGAGUGUGGGUGACGCCCACUCCGGCAGCGACGCCCACAGGAAGGCGAGGAGCACGUCGUCGGUGGCGGAGGCGCGCCGGCAGAAAAGCCCCAGGCUGUGGUUCUUCUCCCGCUCGCUGGACUCGGUCUUCGACUUCGGCAGCCUGUCGGUCUCGCACUCGUCGUCGAGGGAACUGAGCGUCUCCGUGGCGACGCCCAGCGGCGGCAUGGUCUCUCGGGGGCGAGGCCUCAUGAGGCAGGUGUCCAGCUUCUUCUCGCCCUCUGCCCUCAGUGCCAGCCUGGAGGAGGACGUGUUCGAGGAGCUGAGUGACCUCCAAGGUGAUCAACAAGAGGGUGGCAGGAGGGAGACGGCGAGGGACGUCCCAUCGCCGCCGCCGCCGCCGCCAGCAGCAGCGAUAAUGGCAAAGUACGGGUCCCUGCCCCUGCCCGACAUGGUCCCGGCGAGCAAGGGGGGCGGAGAAGAGAGUGGAAGUGGAAGUCUGGCCUUAAGCGGGGCUUCCUGUCUGAGGUACUACCACGUGUUCAGGGAGGGGGAGCUGGCCGAGCUGAUAGAGAAACACGUGGAGGAGCUUCACGUCGUCGCCUCCUUCUUUGACCACGCCAACUGGUGCGUCGUGGCAGAGAAGAUUCAGGUGUGGAAGAUCUGAUUUUAAACUUUUAAACUUGACGUUUCUUUUGUUGCGUUCAUUCUGCUUGACCGUGCGACAGACUAGAUACAGUGUCAACAGUUCCACAGCCAACUGAAUUCCCCCUCACUUAUGCCAUGCUAUGUUCUUAGUAACAACAAAACAAUCAUACUUGAUUUUUUUUUAUUUCACUUAUUAGCCAGAAUUCUGCCUCAUCAAAAAGCACAAAGAACGGCCCAUGGUUCAACUUUUGUUUGAAAGCAGCACCUUGAAAGACUUAUAGAAACAUGACGAAUACAAAUAUGUAAUGGCUCCACUUGACUCCGGCUAUCAUGACAGAACUUUGGGUUGCCUACAUUUGGACUUGUUACAGCUGUGUUUGUUGUGUGGCAUCAAAUGGCAAAUACUUUUAUCGACUUAUAAGCAGUAUCUAAAGUAUUCAGUGGGGUUCCUUUCAAAGUGCAAAUGUUUACUAUCGUUCUGCUGUACAAUUUUUGCGCAAACAAAUUUUAUAUGUGUGUUAUAGGGUUAGUAUUUCAAAACUAAAAUACUUAUAUUCGUUCAAAGGAUUUUUUUGUUAGCCAAAGAGGACUUCCUGUGAUUUUAGCUCUUCCAUUUGGUCUUAAAAGGCUUCUAGAGAUGUGGAUAUUAGUAGGAAAUUAAAAUUGCUACUUACGUAUUCUCUGCCUAUUCAUGAAAAUGCACUUGGGUUGCAUGUCUUGUGAACAUGAGAAUCCAACUUUCUUUAUAGGAUUUCGAGAAAGUUUUUUGUGUUCACCAACCAACGAGUAUCUUCCGAAACAUCUGUGUAACCUGGUUCCUAAACUUCACUAAACCAUCACCAGUCCUGCUUGAUGUUGCCGUCGGUGGUUUGCGUGUUUGUGAUUUGUCCCAUGUCGCCUAUCUCAACUUAAAUCAUUGCGACUUAAACUAAGCAAUUAGCGUGUUCUCGACUGCCUCAUUUACUGUGAAAAAACAUUGCAUUGCGAUGCAAGUGUCCCUGCUUGCCGAUGGAUGUCAGUCGAUGACAUCCUGGCCGCGUACUGUUCGGCUGUUCUGAUUGGGCCAUGGGCCAGAGGCCACGCCCACAGCAGUACAGCCUGCCUUGACCAACUGUGAUGAAUCUCUUGUGGAAGUGACGUCCGUGUCUGUUUCUAUGUUAAUAAAUUGUGUCCGAUGUUUUAAUGAUUUCUUUUAUUUCCUCAAAAGCCCUC